AUGCCAAGAGCCCAGAAGAAGGGUACCAAGAGAAGGAGGUCACCCCCACCAGAACCCUCACAAGAUCCAGAACCUGCUCCUGAUCCACAUGACAUUGAUGCAGAAUCAGAUGUUGCUCGUGUUGUUGAAACUGAUGCCGCCACUGCCCCUAGCAAGAAGCCCCGAAUUUACAUUAAGUUGAAAAAUGGUCAUGGUGGACUUCAUCAGGAGGUGCAGAGGAGGAACGUUGUGGCCCUCAAAGCGAAGAUCGCUGCUGCAGCUGGGUCUGGCGCUUCCACGUCCUCAACCACUGAAGAAUCACCACUGCCAUCCACAUCACAAGAGACAGAGGACAUACCACUCGACAUAGAGAUGCCAGCAGUUAAACAGCCAACGCCCACCACCACCACCGUCUGUACAACGCCCGUGACACCGGUAUCCACAUCAACAUUAAGUCAGGGCAGCCUUGGGAAACACAAGUCUGGUGGAUCCGAUUCAUGUAUAUCCAGCCUUGACGAUAGAGCUGAUAGGAUACUAUCAUCAAUGGAGCAGCUGGUGAAGCAGAGACAAGAGGUUCUGUCAGCCGACCAGUCAGAGAGAGUGACAUUCAUAAGCUGGGUGGGAGAUAUCCUAAAGAAUCUGCCAAAACCUGUGUACGGGGACGCCAAGAUAAAGAUUCAGCAACUGAUGAACGACUGUUUGGACAGAGCUGAAGUCAUGCAACCUCCUCAGCAAGUGCAGCAGCUUCAUCAUCAUCAGUUUCAAGAGCAACAGUUCCAUCAUCGACAGUCUCAGCAGCAACAGCAAGUUCGACCUGUUCAGCAACAGCAUAACCAGCAUCAGUCGCAGCAACAACAGCAACAACACUACUGGCAGCCCCCACCGUCCUCAGCAGCAGAGCAACAGGAACAACCGCCAAGACUAAUGAGUUGUCCCCCCGUGACCUGUACGUCAACGCCGACAUCCACCCCUGUUGCCAGAGACAUCACAAGUGGGAGUGAGCCAAGCCUCUCCAACAUUUGA